AUGCUAAAGAAGUGGACAGAACAACAGAUUCAGCACUGUCUGCACUCAUUUGAGCAAAGCCACCGACAACUGCAGGACAACAUGGAUGGAUUACUCAACAGACAGAGUGCCCUUGACACUGGUCUGAAGGAGCAGAGAAGUCACCAGGAGCAGUGUGUGGGCACUCAGGCUGCUCGGCUGAGACACAUGGAGGCCAAACUCAACAACAAGAUGGACUCACUGGAGAAAAGCCUCCAUCAUGAGCUGCAGCUGCUCAAACACAACUACCACAAAGGGUUCAGGUCCGUGCACGAUGCCAUCGAGACACUUAAAGAAAUAACAGACCUCAAGUCUCGCCUAGACAAAGGGCACAUUAAAAAGGAACUUGGGCACAUUUAUAGCAACCUGGAGUGCCGCAAACUGGAAAACAGGAGCGACACUGCCCUCUGGUGGCACAAAUAUGUACAACCUACAGCACAGGGAUCAGAGGUGGCAAAUCUUUGGUAG